AUGCAACGCUCUCAAAGUCCUGGUUCCACCGGCUGUACCGCGACUACCGCUCUCCUCGCACACCGCCCCGCCCUCACAUCUUCUGACAAGCGCCUAAAAGACUGCGCCGACCCGACGGACUCUGCCCGUAUCGCGCGACCACAAGGUCAAACUCCGACCGUCGCAAUGUCCAACUUGAACGAAGAAUUCGGUCCGGAAGACAUGGCCUGGGUCGCGGCCGAUGUUCAGAUGAGGGAAGAACAAGAUCUGAAUCGUGCCCUUGAAGCAAGUCGAGCUUCCGCGGGAACCGGGGUACCACCGCGUCCAACGAGCGCUAGGGUCACAAGACAAUGCGAGGCGGAGGACGAGGAGCUUCUUGUUGCGCUUGACGUUAGCCGGAUAGAAGCAGAAAAGGCGGCCCAGAGACGCAAUGCAGACGCGGAGGCGGACCAACAACGCCUUCUCGAAGCUCAAAGGCAGUCGGGGCGUGAAGCUCUAGCCGCUGACCAAGAACGUGAAGCUACUCGCAAAGCUGAACUACAGUCUCUGAAGGAUGAGCGAGCUCGGGCUCAAAUUGCGCGAUUACACCAAGAGACCUUGGAUCAGGCCAUCGUCGAGAGCAAGUUGGCAGCCGAGACUGAGCAGCGGCAACAUGAACAAGAGUCUGCACGCCUUCAGGAGGCAUACGCUGUACGCGGCCUGAGCGAAGACGAGCAGCUGCAGAUGGCAAUGAGCCAGAGUCAAGACGAAGAGCAUUCUCGUGAAGUUGCACAGGUCGGGCAGCUUCGAGAGGAUAUGCUGCGCUGCGUGAACGAGCAAGAACAAACCUCUGAACUACUAGGCGAGCCAUCGGCUACCCAGCGUUCAGAAGACCGUCCAGUCUUGGGGGCCAUGGCGUCCUAUCCUCCGGGUCCGGUUACUGAGCAGGAGCAAAGGAGUGUGGCCGAUGCUCAGGAGAUUGUUGACAACCCGAAUGCGCUGUAUAGGCCUUUGACACCAAUAUCAGAGACAUCUACAUCGCGACCAGCGAAUCUUCGAUCACUGGCAUACACCCAAGUCCGAGGCCCUAACAUUGUCACCGCCACGACCACGACGGAUCAUAGAAGGUUAACCGCGACGCUUCCACCCCCGCCACGUGGAAUUCCUACCCCACCUGCCUCUGAUAGAAGCAGGUCAUCCAUUCGAUCGGUUUCCUCAGGCCGUCCACCGUCCUACCAGACAGUAGAAGAGAACCCCGCGCGGAGAGUGGAAUCCUUCGAAGUACCUCACGGUGUCCCAAACGAGUCGCAGACUAGCGAAGAGCCUCCCCUAUAUCCUGGCGCUUAUCCUCCGUCUCCUUCCCAGGCUGAGUCGGCGGCUCCUCAUACAGUACUCGGUCUAAGGCCAAUUCUUGGGACGCCCUUACUUCCAGGCGCGUACCCUCCUUCGUACGCGAGCAGUAGAGCACCUCGCAGCGAGGCAGGAGCAUUUUCUGAGACGUCUGUGCAAGAAAGUGUCGUGGCUCGACGCCCAUUGGGCAAUAGGGGAUCUAGCAAUGUGCCCUCAGUGCCAUCAAUCCAGGACCGAAACGCGGGAAGCGGUUGUUCUCAUGGAGAUACUAUGUCUACAAGGAGCGACUCGUUUCCUGGCGCAUAUCCGCUAUCGUCGCAAGCAAGUCGAGCUCCGAGUCGGCUGGAUACGGUGUCAUCCGGAGGGACGUUCUUUACAGCUCAGGAAACGCAGCGAUCUCAGCCUCAAGCAAGACCACAGUCUGCUCUCUCUGAUCUCUGGAAUCAUCGGGAUCGAGAUAGUCAUCAACACGAAGGGUCAGGACCUCGGCCAUUCACACCGGUUUCGGUGUCUUCACAGCCAAGCGAUGCGUCAUCUGCCAUUCGACCGCCAUCAUCUCGAACAUCUCAGGGUAGUAGUAUUGCGCGGAAGCCGGUUGCGAAAUCUCAGCAUGCUACCUCUGUUUCUGCUGAGCACCUAGCGCCAGUCACUGCUGCCGAUGCGGUCAGUCCGUCGGACGUGAUCUCGUCUGCCUUGCAGCAGGAGCCGGUGAGAAACAUCUUCAACGCUCCGGUCAGCGUGACCAUCAACAACCUCCCCGAAGCGCCCAAGUCCUCCCAGAAUCUGUUGAGGCAAGUCUUCAAUAAGAGCAGGCAGACUAACAAGGGCGUGAAAGCUGUCGAGCAGAAAGGGGCAGAGUUCUACGUCAAGGGUGUAGCUGAAGCGACAAGUAACCUUUGGAAGAACAAGAGAAAGAUAUUUCCUGCCAGGUCUUCCAAAUCAGCUGGAAAUGCUGUGAUCCACGAAGCGAGGGGAAUUGACCGUUUUCCUGUUUCUCCGGCUCAUGACGACGUGGGUACUAUCGUCAGUCCCUGGCCUGCGAGACAGUGUCUGCACGUCGUGAACGCAGAUCCUACGCGCUCCGUAUUGAGCACACCUGAAACCACAAGGCCGCUGCAAUCAGAAAUGGCCGGACAGCAGAGUGAAGAGGUCGACACUCCUCGACCGUCUACAUUGCAGCGGUCGGUAACGUCACCUCCGCCGACAGCGGCGAUACCGUCGAGGCCAAUGUCGCUGGAUCAAUGGACCGUGUCCCAGAUUUCGGACGUCAACGGCAAUGCAGUAACUCCGCCUAGCGUCUGUCAAUCGAGAGUGCGAAGCUCGAUGGAUAGUUUCCGGUGCGCUUCCGAACUGCGCCCUCAGCCGCUGGAUAUUCGCAAGCAGCCUCCUCCUGUGCCACCAAAACCUUUGGAACUGGCCAGUCCUUCUGCACGUGUAGCACCAUCGCGACCACCACCGCCUCCUCGCAGCCGGAAUCCGAUGACGAGGCGUAUGCUUGGCGAGCAAGAGGAGGGGUCUGGGUGGGUGCAGCAACCAGUGCAUUUUCUUGGCAUGGAUCUGACCCAAGGACCAACAAUGGGCUCACCGGAUUCCAUGACGGUGACACCCCCAACACCUCGGCGUAUCAACGUCGAUUUGAACCGCCGCAGUCAAUUUGGGCCAAUUGACACAAGCUUGGCGAACGUGCCUCCUGGUGAACGUCGCAUCGACGAGUUCAGCUCACGAUCAAUGAUGGAUCUUGGCAUGAUGGGUCAAUUGGGUAAUCCUGCCAUAAUGGAGCCAUUGCUUGGACAGUACGAGCAGACCUAUGCCCGCCCACCACAUGUGCAGCAGGAAAGGCUGAACUCGGAUGCGAGGGCAAGAAAAAAGGAGAAGGACACGCAGAAGGCUUUGCGGAAGCAGUUUUGA